CUGCGCCACAUUGCUGACUAUUGCACGAGCCGUCGUCGGGCGCACGUGAAGGUCACGUUGUACAAAUCCAACCAAUGACGUUGCGCUUCGUGUUGUUGCCUGGAAUGGAAACGAAAGCAAACCGCUAUCUGUGCUCCGCCGAUGACUGUCUAUAUUAACGGCACAAACAAGAGCAUGGCUACAGUGCAGUCGACGCUAAUGUUUGCUGUGUGCAUCCUGAUGAUAACAGAACUGAUACUAGCCAGAAAGGACUACUAUGAUAUCUUGGGUGUACCUAAAGAUGCCAGUGAGCGUCAGAUAAAGAAGGCUUUUCACAAGCUUGCCAUGAAAUAUCAUCCAGACAAGAAUAAGAGCCCUGAUGCAGAGGCAAAGUUCCGGGAAAUAGCUGAGGCAUAUGAAUGUCUGUCAGAUGAGAAAAAGAGGCGCGAGUACGAUCGGCUUAGACAAAGUGCUUUCUCCAGCGAAGACGUGAAAGGAGGGCACCAGUAUUUCCAGCAGUCCUUUGACUUUAACUUUGAGGACAUGUUCAGAGACUUCGAUAUCUACAGCCACAACAGGCACGCACGCCCUAAACGAAAUUUCGAGGAGAAUUUCCGGGCUCACCAGCACGGCCACAACCGCCACAAGAGGCACUUCCAAGGAGCUUUCGGUGCCGGCUUCUUUGAGGAUCUGUCUGAUGACAUGGAGAGAAUGUUUACAUUUGACCGACAGGCCAAGCGGACUGAGGGCAGGUUUCAAGGCAUGGCAAAGCAGCACUGCAGGACUGUGACUCAGAGGAGGGGGAAUAUGGUGACCACUUACACGGACUGUACCUCAUCCUGAGAGCAAACGGACUCCUCAUUAUAGUUUCCUCCUCACCUAUAGUUAAGCUAAUUUUGUCUGGAUUAGACAUCACUAAAUGAUCAACUUGCUGCUGAGAUGAUUGAAGCUCAAAGUUAUGACCAGGAGCACUAUUAGGGAUUUUCAAUUUAUUAACUGACAACAAUAACCCACUUCUUGCAGAAUUACAAAACAUUGAAGCCUUUCCUGUCGUAUGAUUUUGUGUCAAAUUCUGAUUGGAUUUAGUUUGAUGAAUAUUCGCACAUAUGAGGUUUAAGCCUGCCAUUCAGAUCAAAGAAAGCAUAAAAGGAUAAACAGUUAGACUGUAAUCAGACAGUGUUUAUACUGCUGUUGUUUAUAAAGGAUUGUUGCAAAAUGCUGAUAAAAAGAGAAAAGAAAUAUCUGUACAUAUGUGAUGGGAUUCCAGAUAAACAGCAUGUAGCUAGCACUUUUUUGCAUUGGGAAUUAAUGUGCAAAUACUUUUUGACAUUAAUCAGGCUGAACAAAGCAUAGAUUUGUAAUUUAGCCCAUUAUAUACCAGUGUGUGUGCUUCCCAAUCCUGCGUUUCGGUUGUCUAGAAACCUAGUGCACUAGACAAAGACCUGUGAUUGUAGCUGGAAUAAUAUAACAACAUAAGUAAGUAGUAAGGUAGUUGGCUAGUCAAAUUCAUUAAUUCAGACUAGGCGAAAUGAAAGAGGAUGUGAUCAUGUAGCACACAUGUUCUCCGUCAUCAUCAAAGUAAUCACUGGCCACGAUUCUGGCUUUCUAUUCUGUUCUAUUCUAAUAUGUUCAGUUUGUGAAUACAUGUUGUGCUAGCUGGAAAGGUCUCGGACGGCAGCUUUUCACACUGUGCUUUUGCCCGUGGUUAGAAAUAAUAUUCUCCUACAGUUAAAUAGAAAUAUGAAGGCGAGUGGUUAAGGCUCAAAUGUCCUACAAGGUUGCAUAAACAAUAAUAAAUGUUCAUAUGGAGUAAGCGGCACGCCGUUCUGUUAAAUGUGUUUAUUACGUGAAAGACCAAACAUGACAUGAAGAAUGAACUUGUGAAUGCUGACCUAAUGAUUAUUGUUUGGAAAAUUUGUCAAGGAUAAUGAGAUUAAGUACAAUAUAAACAAUCCCCCAAAAGACACUGAUGUAGCUUUAAACAUUCAUCUGAAAAUCCCCUAAAAUGCAUGAAACACCUUAGUACCACAUAUAGUGCUCCUUUUAUAAUUCAGUCAUGUUCUUGUAUCACCUGUUACCUGAUCUCCCACGUUGAAUCAUUCUGUUUUUGUGCAAUAUGUUAAAGCCAGCUGUUCUGUUUAUAUCGUCGUUAAUUGCUGGACGCGUCACCGUUUUGAGUUGACUCAUUAAGCACUUACAUAAAUCCUAUGGAUAGAGGUGAAAUAUCUAAAUAUAACUACAAUUAUAUAUAUGAAUGUCUAUAUUCUAAAGCAAACAUUUUACAUAAUAUUCUUGUGUGGAAUAAAAUGUGAAAAUGCA